AUGGAGCCGUCUUCCUCCGGAUCCCAACCUCCACAGAAAGCCGUUCCGAGACUGGCUACAGUCGGCUGGCGAACCAUGUUGAUCUUCAAUCUCGGUCUUGCAGCUUAUAUAUUUGCUAAAAAACGAGAAAAGGACAUUGAUGCGGGCGAGAAAAUGGUAGUUAAAAAGGGCAAAGGUGCGAGAAAGGGUGUUGUGAACGCCGAGGUCGAGAAGAAAGUUGCAGAAAGCAGCGAAGCUGGAGAAACUGACGAGGCUAAGAAACAAGAAACAGCAAUAAUACCGGAGAAGGAAGAAGCCAAACCGAUCCCUAAACCGGAUCCUCUGUUUGAGUUUACAGACGCAGCUGAUCAGCUGGUGUUUCAGUCUGCGGCAACCGAGCCUGUUACAGUGGCGAGGAAACCGAUUCCAGAAGACGAGCAGAGAGAGCUGUUCAAGUGGAUCUUGGAAGAGAAGAGGAAGACGGAACCAAAAGACAGGAAAGAGAAGAAACGAAUCGAUGACGAGAAAGCUAUCUUGAAACAGUUCAUUCGCGCCGAGAGGAUUCCAAAAUUUCUCCCUGAUGAUUCUGUUGAUUCUUCUCUUCGUGAUUGGGACAAGUUCUUCUCCAAGUAG